AUGUCAAUAGGUCGCGCGGUCCCGGCUGCUCGGAGCGCGCACGUUCCCCUGGGUUACGCGGCCGUGCGCGCCUCCUGUCACCGCAGUGCUCUUCGUACCGGGACCGGACGCCAACAGCCGGCGAUACCGUUAAAAUGCCGUGAGCGACUGGCGGAUCCUCCAGGACUGGUCACCGGCUCCACAACCACCAGCCGGCAGCACGGUAACGGCAGCGAGCAGCAGCGUCCGGCCGAUGAGCAGACCCUCGCCCCACGCCCGGCCCGGCCCACUGAGUCCAGGGGCUGCUCGGAGCCCCGCCCCUGGGACAGCGGCACCGCCGGCCGCCGCUGGGGGGCAGCAAAUCAUGACAGACAAGGAGGAGCCGAACAGUACCAUGCAGAUGAAUGUUAUGAUAAAGGAAAGGCACUCCUCUGGCAAAAGCCUAUUCAUCAAUUGAUAAAUAUCAGCCUGGAAGUACUGCAGAUGAAUGUUAUGGUAGAGGGGAGCCACUCCUCUGGCAAGAGCACGUUCAUCAUGUUUUUCAGACUGGAGGCCUGUGACCAGUGGAGUGCCACAAGAUUGAGAAAUGAAACAGUUUUUGGCAAUUCAGAUGGCUUUGAAACUCGAAUCGCCCUCAAUGAAUUGAAGAGGAAAUGCCCACAUAAACCAAGUGGCAAUAACAUGAUGACAGGAAAGAAAAUGCAGCAGACGGGAAAUACAUGUUUGAUCAAAUUUAGAAGAUUGAUUUUGCUAUUUUACUUCAUAUUUUCAUUUAAAUAAAAUUAAAUCUCAGUAUGCUCAAAAACUCUGGACCAUGUAUAACAUUUAACUAAUUGAAGAGAAUGUAUUGCUUAGUCUAAUUUCAGUUAAGAUUGUUAUCCCAAAUUAUACAACUUUGCAAAAAAAAAGAGAUCUUUGUUGAUAAUAUAGCCUGCUGAUCACCAGAGAAGGUCAUUUACAGAAAUUACAAUAAAUCUGUUGAGUGAGAAAACUGUAAAA